UGCUCAUUUUUUUGUUUUAAAGGUAUUUAAAACGAAUUAGUUUAUUUCGCUUGGUGAUAUAAAACGUAAAAGAUUUUUAAAAACGGGUACAACAAAAGGGAACUUUUUACCGAAACGACCUGUUUAUCUGCUUCACAAAAUAGAAUUUGGUUGGGCCCAAAUGAGAUAUUUGAAUCACUGAAGAAUUGUUCAACGAAAUCGUUUGUGUAAGAUUUCAUACAGAAUUUAAUCAUGGCAGAAGCAGAAAACAACAUAGUUGAAGAAGAUUCGUUUGAAGUAUUAGAUCUCACGGAGUUGGCAAAUCGUGGAAACUCUUUGUAUGAAAGAGUUCUACAAAAUGCCAGAAAUUUCGCAACAUAUCAACCGGCAAGUCAAAUUGCCAUUGGUGGAACUGGGGGAUUAGUUGUUGGAUAUCUUUUCAAGAAAGUGGGAAGGGUUGUUGCUUCUGCUGUGGGCGGUGGACUCUUGAUCAUGCAAGUUGCUCAUCAGACCGGUUAUGUUACAAUUAACUGGAGAAAAGUAAACCGAGAUGCAAACAGGGCACAACGCAACUUGAGAGAUGAACAUCCUGCUAUUAAUUCUACAAUUUCAAAGAUAAAAGAAAUUUUCAAAUCAAACGCUGCUGUUUCUGUGGGUUUUGCUGGCGGCUUUCUGAUGGGCAUGGCAACAUAAACCACUUGUAUUGGAAAUGUUUUCUUUCCAUAGAUAAUCAACACUGUGGAAUAUAUGCUAUUGUAAUGCAAACAACCAACCAAGCGAAGCAGUGCUGCAAUAGUGAAACAAAUAAGAAAAAAACAAGCAUGCAAAUAGUAUAUAUAAAGGCGUGUACUGCUUUGCCUGAGCGUUCAAGUUUCGUGGAUGAGAUGUAAUGAAGUUUUAAAAGUGGAACAAUUUGUGACUGCUGCCUGCAAUUUAUUUUGCAUAGUCUUUAUGAAAUACAUUAAAUUUUGCUA